AUCUGCUCGCAUCAUCUCUGCUCCCAUAUCAUUUCGAACCAUUCAUACAGAGCUCCGUGUGCGUGCCGGCAGAGCAAAGAGGCGGCCGAAAAUGUUGGAAGGGAAGGCGACGGUGGAGGACACCGACAUGCCGGCGAAGAUGCAGCUGCAGGCGACGUCAGCGGCGUCCAGGGCCCUCGACCGCUUCGACGUCCUCGACUGCCGGAGCAUCGCGGCUCACAUCAAGAAGGAGUUUGACACGAUCCAUGGCCCGGGGUGGCAAUGCGUGGUCGGCUGCAGCUUCGGCUGCUACUUCACGCACAGCAAGGGGAGCUUCAUAUACUUCAAGCUGGAGUCGCUCAGGUUCCUCGUCUUCAAAGGCGCUGCGGAUGAACAACCACGGCCGUGCUGAUCAGCUGCGGCCGAACUCGCCCGUCCUCAUCCUGGUGAUUUCGGGGCGGCAGCUAGUACUAGCAUGAACAUGAAAUGUACCAACCAAUAUGGUCCUGCAUUGCAAGUAGGGUGUGUGAAUACGUUGAAUUCGGGAAUUGAUCUGAGAUGAUGAUGAACUUUCGCUGUACAAUCUCCGUUUCAGAAUUUCAGAUGAGAGUAUGGCUAAUUGAA